AUGGCUGAUUCAUUGAAGAACUUUCGUUCAAUUUGUAAGAAGAUCAUCGCUGUUGGUCGGAACUACAGUGAACAUGCAAGUGAACUCGGCAAUACUGUUCCUACCAAACCGAUAAUCUUUAUGAAACCAACCAGUGCUUUCGUAACUGAACCUAAUGAUAUUCGAAUUCCAGCUGAUUGGGAUGAACUGCAUCACGAAGUGGAAUUCGGUGUGAUCAUCGAUAAACAAUGCCAAAAUGUCUCGAAAGAAGAAGCAGAAGCAAGUAUCGGUGGUUAUUGUUUAGCAUUAGAUAUGACGGAACGAAAGCUUCAAAAUGAAUUGAAAGACCAAGGUCUGCCAUGGUUACUUUCCAAAGGCUUCGAUACAUCUUGUCCAUGUGGCGAUUUUAUUCCGAAAGAGAAGAUUAGUCUUUCGUCAUCUGUUAAUCUAUGGCUAAAUGUUAAUGGCAAUAGAAGACAAAAUGGUCAUACGCGCGAUAUGAUCUUUUCAGUUCCGGAUUUGAUCGUUUAUAUUUCUAAGUAUAUAACGCUUGAACAUGGCGAUUUGAUUUUAACAGGCACACCCGCCGGCGUCGGUCCUGUCAGACGAGGUGAUCAAAUCGAAGCUGGAAUGGAAGGGGAACAUGAUUUGAAAUAUCUUAUGAAGUUUAAUGUCGUCUAA